AUGAGCCAAAUCUGUAAUGCACUAAAUGAGAGAGAAAAGGGUAAACUCCCUAGUCAACCUCAACAGAUUCAUAAAAGUUCAUUUCAGGCAAGCACGCUAGCUUGCAAUGAGUCUUCACAUAAUCAAGUGAAUGUUGUCACUACUCUUCGUAAUGGUAAGGUUGUUGAUAACAACGUAGGUGUACUACAGUCAUUCGAGUCUAAAUCAGACCCACCGGUGCAUACAACUUCACAGAAAACACCCGUUGUGGAGAAAGAACCUGAGCAUGAAAGUGACUCUAAGAAUUCCACUGGUGUUAAUAUCCCUGCACCAUCUUAUGUACCUGUUACUCCAUUUCCUCAAAGAUUGGUACAACAGAAGAAAGGUACGCAAUACAGUGAGAUGUUAGAAAUGUUUAAACGAGUCAACAUAAACAUUCCUUUUCUUGAAGCAAUCAAGAAAAUACCUGCUUAUGCUAAAUUCUUGAAAGAUCUAUGCACACAAAAGCGGAAGCUUCAUGUGCAUAAGCGUGCCUUUCUCACUGAGCAGGUAAGUUCAAUUAUUCUAAACAAGACCCCACCUAAGUUUAAAGACCCAGUUAGUCCAACUAUCACAUGCACUAUAGGUGACCAUACAAUCGAUCCGGCUUUGCUAGGCUUAGGUGCAAGUGUGAAUCUUUUGCCAUAUUCUGUGUAUGAGCAAUUAGGUUUUGGGGAGCUGAAACCCACUCCUGUUACGCUACAGUUAGCGGACAGAUCUGUAAAAAUCCCUCGUGGUAUUGUUGAAUAUGUGUUAAUCAAGGUUGAAAAUUUUUACUUUCAUGUGGACUUCAUUAUGUUAGAUACUCAACCUGUGCAAAACCCACAUUGUCAUAUUCCUGUUAUUUUAUGA